AUGGCGUCAACGCAGGACGCUUGGUAUAUUUCUUUACUUGGUUUAGCAGAACAUUUCCGUACAUCAAAUCCUCCUGACAUAAAAAGUUGUAUUCAGUGUCUACAAGCCGUGUUCAAUUUCAAACCACCACAAAGGGUCGAAGCCCGAACUCAUUUACAACUUGGUAAUAUCCUUCUGACACACACUAAAAACAUCGACUUAGCGAGGACGCAUUUAGAGCAGAGUUGGUGUCUGUCUCAGACGAUAAACGGAUUUGAUGAUGUCAAGUUUGAAGCAGCAAGUGUACUGGCAGAGUUGUUUGAGCAGCAAGGCCAGCCAACUCAUUCUAAACCAAUUCUACGGAAAGCAAUUGAAUUGUCACAGCAUAGUGUAUAUUGGCAUUGUAGAUUAAUAUUCCAAUUGGCUCAAAUUCAUGCAACAGAGCGGGAGUAUGAAGUCGCAAGUAGUUUACUGGGUGUUGGUGUGGAUUAUGCACAGAUAUCCAAUGCUGCAUAUACCAGGGUACUCUUUUUACUCAGUAGAGUAAUGUUGCUGCUAAUAGACAAGAAAAUUCAGGAAGUGUUACCACUGCUCAACCAGGCAGGACAUCUGGUAGACUCGUGGGCAGGCAGUUUGCACCAGAAAGAGUAUCUUAAAGUCUUCUUCCUCGUGUUACAGGUAUGUCACUACUUAAUGGCGGGACAAGUGAAAAGUGUGAAACCCUGCCUAAAACAAUUACAGCAGAGCAUUCAGACUAUAAUGGCACCCACGUGGCCGGAUGAUGAUGCUGUAUGUGGGAGCGCGGCCGGUGAAUCGUUCGUGUGGCUAUCGCGGCAGCAGUUAUACGUGCUAGUGUAUCUGGUGACCGUGAUGCAUUCCGCACAGGCCGGCUACAUGGACAAGGCGCAUAAGUACACUGAGAAGGCAUUAGCGCAGAUCGACAAGCUAACGUCGAGUGGAUGCAGCGAGGAGUCGUCGGGCGUGAGUGCCCGCAGCGGGGCGGCGCUCGCGUGGCGGCUGCGCAUGGCGCUGGUGGAGCACGCGGCCCUCUGCAGGCUCGUCGCCGGCGGCAAGGCGCAUGCGCUGCACGAGAUUGCGCGCGCCGCACACCUGCUCACCGUGGCGCCCACGCCGUGCAGUGCGGCGGCUCACACGCCGCAGCUCCACUGCCUGUUGGGCCUCUACGCGAUGUCCAUGAACUGCAUGGAGGCCGCCGAGGCGCAGUUCCUCACCGCCAUACACAUGUCACAAGAGAGAGAUUUAUGGAUGUUCGCAAAACUCAACUUGGCGAUAGUAUACUUGCGAGGAAGGAGAGACAACGAUUUAGCACAACUAAUGGAACAGGUGAGGCCAGAAGCGUUACCUGCGUACGCGCACGGUCUGCGGGCGGCAUCGUACUACGUACUGGGGUUACAAGCGUUCUUCCAGGCGCGGUAUAAUGAAGCCAAGCGGUAUCUUCGCGAGACGCUGAAGAUGGCGAACGCGGAGGACCUGAACCGUUUGACGUCAUGUUCCCUGGUGUUGCUCGGGCACAUAUUCCUGUCCAUAAACAACUCCCGCGAGAGCAUGAACAUGGUAACACCGGCCAUGCAGCUCGCCAGCAAGAUACCAGACGUACACGUCCAGCUGUGGGCAUCUGCAAUACUCAAAGAUUUGUAUCGGUUAGCGGGUGACACGGAACGAGAGAAUGAAGCGUACCAGAUGCACUGUAAUUUCUCACAGGCUCUACUUAAGGACCAUUUUCAGGCGACGCAGCUGCCGCAGCAUGCGUUAGUUCAUUGGACGAACGGUCCCCCUCCCGCGCUGCCGCCCGCCGCCGCGCCAGAUCACGCGCCGUAGCCCGCGACCGCAGCCGCGACCUCCCACGCCGCCGCUACGCCGUAGCCCGUCCGUAGCACACAUCGGCGUCGUAGCACUUAGGUGCGUAUUACGUCUACGAAUUGCCGGCGGACGGUUUCGAAACAUAGCAGCGGUCGGCGUUUAGAGAUAUCUUAGUGUAAUGUGAGUGAUGUGGUAAUAUGACGUCUGAAGUGAAAGACUGUUUUGUCAGCGCACGGCGGGUUUCCGUUUUCGAUUAGACUUUCGGUUGUAAAUUUAUUCUAGCGCGAGUGUUAUCUUCGAACCGUUCGGUGUACGAACGUGAACAGUUCUACUUUAGGAACGAUGGGAGUUUGACGUUGAUAUCGACGGCGACUCUAAGAAUUGAUAGUUUUAAAUGAACAGUUAAUGCACUGGUGAGAUUUGAUAUGACAGUGAUACUCUAGUUUUAUUAUUAUCAAAAGGGAUCUCUGAUUUUGUUCUCAUAUUGUCGGUAACGUUUUCAUCACACACAUAAACCUUUUUCAAGAAGAAGUGGUGCCUUACUGUUACUGCUAAACAGGUUAAAUAAAACAAAUUAUAUAUUUUUUUAAAUGCAGAUUAUUAUUAAAUCUGUGUGUUUUAUUUUUAGUAAUGGAAAAACUACAUCAUAAUAAAAGCAAUUGUUAUUUUGUAAUGCUAUCGCAUUUGUCUAAAAAAUAUAUCACUGAAAUUGAGAUAGUGUUGUGAAUAUAAAAUUCAUUAAAUAAUAAAGACACAAUAUUAGUUAAAUGCUAUGUUCGAUCUUUAAUUCAUAGUCAAUUAAUUCGACCUUUGUUGUAAACUUUAUAUGUCUCACCAGUGCACAAGUACAAUAUGCUGUUUAUUGGCCUAAUAAAAGACAUUACCAGACAAGUGAUAUUUCGCCAGUGAAUAACGGACUAUAUAGUGAUAGUGUGGGUGUUUCAUGAUCUGAUAUUCGAGAACUUGUAUGUGUAUGAGUGUCACACAAUUACUUCCCACCCUUUCAAUGCAGGAAAUGAGAGGAUACAAUGUAAUAACCAGUUUAAAUUAUUUUAUCGAUUUUACCAUCAUUUGUAAAUAGUUCCGAAUAAAAGGCUUACUUUACUUAUUAUUUGAUUUAUUGCGUAAAUCAAAGUGUAAGGAUGUCUGUAUAAAUUUAAAUUCUUUAAUUUUUAAUGUGGUUCGACAAUAUUAAAUGCGUUUUUACAUUGCGUAUGACGUCACAGCACACAUAAUAGCUGAUGUUUCCUUUAAUUUGGCAGAAUUUCUAUGUGAAAAAAAGCGACAACAAAAAAAAAAGAUUGUCGGAAUUGUUUUAUGAAGUGUGUUUUUUUUAAAUUCAUAAAUACACGAGUGAAGUAACAUAUUGUACACUUUGCUACAAUAUUAGUUGGUAUAAUUGUACCUAUAAAUUUACAUUGUUAUUUUUUUAUACAGACAAACUUUAGCUUUGCCAAUAUUGUUUUCUGUCAUUUCCGCAAAAGGUGUCCAAUAUGAGAAUAAUGAUUAUCCCCUUCCAUUUCCAUUGAUUGGAUGUUUAUUUAGUUGAUUAUUUGUAUAAAUGUUAUUGUUACAAACUGGCCAUCAGGCGUGGCUGUAAGUAGGUUGGUCCAUUCGCCAAGAUGUUUUUUUAAUGAUUAAAAAAUCAUUCAAUCAAUCAUUUGCUAGUAUAUAUAUACAAUGCUACAGUAACAGUGGGGCGAAGGGCGUACUAUCAAGUUUCGGCCCCAGUUGGAGAGGUAAUAAAUUUACUGGGCUAGCUGUGUAAAUUUACUGUAAUUAUAGUGCAUCUGGCAACACUGACUACAAUCGAUACCUCGACGACUGUCAACAAUUGACAUUUUACAAGAUGGCGGCGUUAGUUCCGAAUUUCGCCACGAGCCAAAAGAUCUUAAUUGCAAUGAUAAGACAAUGGACAAUGAGAAAUAGUCUUGACUUGAUAGCCGGUUUGUAACAUUUAUGACAAUAAAAUCAUAUCAGACUAUAGUUGUGUCUGGGCGGGCGUCUGUAUUGGCAUCUCUGUUGCCAAUAUACUAGUGUUUUAAAUUAUUGAUUGGAUGUUGAAGAGGUUGCUUGCUGUUAUUUCUUAAAUCAGGUUCUUAGUACGAGUUUUUGCACAUUAUCAGCCAUUUGCACAAACGUCCAUUAAAAUGGUAAUUAGUUUAAAGCAACAUUACCAUUACAAAUUUGACAUUUCUUAGAGCUUAAAAGCGUCAUUAAAUUCUAAUGAACGAUUGUGCAACAAGCCGUAUAACUAUUAGUUGAAUAAAAUGGCUGGAUUGUGAUUAUUAAAACGUUCUGAUUGCAUUUUCCUGAUCCGAUAUAAAACUCCCCCUAUUUAGGUAUGACGGGACGUAAUUAAAAAUUAAAUAAAUAUGGUGUUAAAAAAAUAAAACUAAAAAAAGACUGGCCCCCUUAUCUUAAUUUUGUUACGAUAACUUGCAUUUCUAUGAAAAUCAGCACAAGAUAAUAAAAACUUAAUUAAACGAAUAUUAAUAACACUUAAGUAAAUCUCUUUUUUGUUAUUUAAAUAUUCAAAUUAUAAUUUUUUUAUGUGUAGCUUUAAUUUUAAAGUAAUAUAUUCCGGAGUCACAGAAAGUUGUAGAAUAAUUUUCAUCUACAAUGAAAAGGUCCAAAUCUGUCAUAUUUUCUGUACAGUAGGGCGAUUUUGUAAAAAUCCGAACCCGAAUUCGAAUUCAUUCAUCCAAAUUAAAGUCAUUUAGUGAAGAAAUUCUGUUGAUUCCAUUUUUUGUAUAAAAAAUAUAAAACAAAAUCGAUUGAUUAUACGUGUCUCAGAUAUUCUAUUCCUAUCUUAUUUCAAAACUCACUUCACUUAUGCCACGAAACGUUAUUUCCAAUUUAAGAUUGACCAGAUGCAGCUUAUUGAAGGUUGAGUGAAUUCCAAUUCAGAUUUUCACAGAAUAGCGCAGUGCAGGUUCUAAAAAAGUUGAUCAUCUUGAUUCCGUAUAAUAUUAACAAGUGUGCAUUAUAUUUUUUUAUUGCCCUAUUUUAUUAAUGUAUUUAUACCGUAUAUUACUUAUACAUUGGUGAUAAAUACUUUAAACAUUUGAACUCGUGCUAAGAUCUUAGUGUUUAAAAGUUAAUAAUGUAGGGCUUAAGCUUUAAAAAUUAUGACUACUAAAGUCUACUCUAUUUCUAUAGAAUAUCUUUUCUAUAUUCUACACGUGGAAUAAAGUCAAUAUCUUAUAUAUUUAUUCCAUGCGUUGUACUCUUGAAAUGCAAGCGAUCUCAUUUAUUUAAUUUUCUUUAGUGAUGUGUUUAUGUGAUCUCUACUCUCAUUGAUCAUUAUCAUCACAUCAACUGAUAAAUGUUACCAUAUGCAAAUAUUACUAAAAAUAAAUUGGUGGCUGAACACUUAUUAUAGCGAGUCUUUAGAUGUGAUACCGUAGCCAUGUUAAGCAGUUAGUCCCGGCUGUGUCAAAAGUUGUUUGCACCCACCAAUCCGCUCUGGGCCCGCGUGAUGGGUUAUGGUGUUUUCUCUCUGUGUGAUUCUAUUCUUAAGGAAGGCCUAUAACUUCAAUGAUCAAUGAAUUUACCAACUAAAAAAAGAAAGCAAUUAGAAAUAUUUUAACCUUUUUUAUAACAGUUUCUUUCUCCAAGAUUUGAAAAUUCUCACAUGACAUUAAAACAUUGUUUUUUAUUAUUACUUUCGAGGUCUUCAAGACCAUAUAGAAUGUAACAUGCAUAUGGACACAUUGUCAAAUAUUUAAACGGAUAAUUUGGAAAACCGUAAAUAUUUAAUUUAUAAUUCUUAUUAACUAAAUUUACUUUUAUAUUAAAUAUUGUAAAUUCCACCUGUAUUAUUGUAAAUUAAUUAUUAUGAUUGUGAUGCGACAGUGUGUACUUGGAUAGCUUUUAUUUAAUAUUGUGUAGAAAGACAUGACGCCAAAAGAGAUGAAAGAAUUAAAUAUAUCUUAUUUUGCACAAUACAUGUAUGUAGACGAAUUUUUGGUAAAAGUGGUUCCACAAUUUUACGGACUGAUAAAUGAUUGUAAAUAAAUAUGUCAAAUAUGAACUAGAAAGAACAAAACACGUCUCAUAUUUAUUAUUAUUAAUUUUUAUAAUAUAAUUUUCUUAGCGACUUGUUAGGAGCGAGCGAAUGUUGUUGAUGAUUUGCUGGUUAAUUAAUUUUAAUGUAGCAUUUGAGUAUUGAUCCAAUUGAUUAUCGUGUUUCAAUGGAUGGAUACAAUAUAAUUUAUAUAUAAUUCUAAUGGCAUUGUUACAACUUCCCAUGUUCAUAUUUUUAUAUAGGUAGCGUAGGACAUAUUGCUUCCCAGAUAGAACUGAUUCAACCAUUGAAACAUGCUAGUGUUUCGUUCGACAGUGUCGAUGUGAAAUUGAAACAGUUAUAAUUCUGUAUAUCAUUUUUUUAUUAUUUUUAAUAAAUUCCCAUUAAAACAGUUAGAUGUGGCCUUACAGUUAGAGGUACACUUUCUGUUGUUAAUAUGUAAAUAAAAGUUGAACUAUUGUAAAUAAUAAAAUUAUAAAAUAUAUGUUUUUUGCUAUAAAAAUUGUUUUAUUUUAUUUGUAAAAGCCAAAUGAUUAUUUAGUUAUUUAUUGUAUAAAUAUUAUUCAAGGUUUACUAGUUACUUUAAACUGUCUAUCAUUGGGCGGUAUCGUAAAGAUUUUCAGUUAUUUUCUAUUAUGUAAAUAAAGUAUUGGGCCAGUAAAAUUUUAACGAAAUUAAAUUCAUAGCACAUCAGGUGAUACAAAAUUAAUUUUAAACCUUAUUGUACAAAGUACUACUACUUGUAAAAGUUACAGUUCAAAAUCUAUUGCUGACUAUUUUUAUAAUAUUCUGAUGAGACUGUAUGAGAUCAUAAAUAUGUGUAGUCUGUCCCUAAGGCACGAAGAAACGGGCUAUGAUAUAGUUAUUGUGUAAACGUCAAAAAAACUACGUAUCGCUACCCACAGACGACUAUACUGUAUUAUCUUACCGCGAUCUGCGUUUUGUUG